AUGCGGCGGAGACCGCUCGACCCUGCUCCUCAGAUCUACUCUCACUCGAGAACGAGGACAACAUCAUCCAACAUCUUCCCAAUACACCACUCGAAUCCCAUGCAUCUACAACAACCCCAGCCCAUGACGGGCCACACGCGACGCUCGCCCUCUGUGAACACCUUCAGCACCACCUCGAGCGCUCCGCCGCCCGCCUCCUUCCGAACCUCGCCCACAUCCGACAUCCGGCGUAGCACUUCCUCACGGUCCGGCGGUGGCCAGCCGACAAGCUAUGUCGCCCUGCUUCGGAAACAGAAGGCCACGGUAUGGUGCGACCGAUCGCAGACUGAAGAUCCUCAAAGAGCCGCCCGCCAACGGGCUGCCAAACAAAGAGCCGCCCAGGAGGUUGUCGGUCGCCCAGCGCAGGCCCGUACCUCGACGGGUAUUGGCAGCGCUGGCAAGGUAGCUGCCAAGAUUCGGCACCACGGCAAACCAGGCGUUGUCGGUUACGCACCCGACAACAACUACAUCGGCGUUGGCGGUGUGCCACUGCGACUGAGCGCCACCGAGGUGGAAGGAGAGGAUAGCGACGAUGACGACGUUUCGAUGCAACGCUUGCACCACCGUAGGACGGGGAGCAGCGGGCGAAGCAGCACUGCUAGUGGUCGUCGCGGCGUCGCCUACCGCAACUCUUCAGGGCUUACGCAAGGCGGCAAGAAAUGGAGUCCCAGUGAUACCCCCGAGCGUGGCAGCAUGGUCAUGGAGGAUCCCGAAUUCCUGCCUGGGGAUGACAAGCUCUCGCGUGCGCAGAGUACUGCAAGCGGCAGCAGCGGAGAGAGAGCGGACGCUCUGCCUGAGCUCGUCAAGCCCAGCGCCGCCAAGCUGGCGAGUAAUAGCCUCUUGAACGCGGCGCUCACACGCGAGAAGAGCGUGAAGAAUCCCGAGGAGCUGAGGAGACGAGGCAGUGUCGACGAGCGGACUAUGACCCUCAACACCUCCGGCCGACUCUUCAUCGCCAACCCCGACUUAUAG